CCCACAUGACUCAGGAAGAACUGAUCUCGCAUGAGGCAGUGUCAGCUGUCCGAGCGGGGAGGGGGACGGCGGGUGGUGAUGAGGGGUCUAUUACAUUUCACAUGUUCCAGAAUGGAUUCCACAGAGUGCCCCACACUGAGAACAAGGCUAUAUAUAGCCUACCAGUUGCAACAGGAGUUAAAGGGUCGGGACAGCUGAGGGAGAGAGACCAGCAGCCCCGCAGUACACUCCUUAUGGUUCAAAUCACAAAGACCGAGCCUCCUUAUACCACAAAGGCCCAACCCUUAACUCCUCUUUCCAGGCUGGGCAGUGAAGAGAGCCUAAGCUCAGAGCUCUGCCGUGUGGACAGGAGACAGACAGGACAGACACCAAGGACCAAGACGCCCUAGGUCUCUUGUUCCCUGCUUAUCGACUGGGAGUUGUCCCCCUGGACCGAGGCACCAUGGCUCUGUCCAUCGACCCAACGGAGGAGCCCAGGAUGUACCAGCAGACCCUGUUGCAGGACGGACUCUAUGAUCUACUGGAGAAUGACAAGCUGGUGGACUGUGUCCUGAAGAUCAAGGGCAAGGAGUUCCCCUGCCACCGUCUGGUGCUGUGUGCCUGCUCGUCCUUCUUUAGGGCCCUGUUCCUGUCAGAUCUGGAAGAGGAGAAGAAGAGAGAGGUGGUGUUGGAGGAUGUAGAGCCGGGGGUCAUGGGUCUGAUUCUGAAGUACCUCUAUACCUCCACCAUUAACGUGACAGAGCAGAAUGUCCAGGACAUCUUCUCUGUAGCCAACAUGUUCCAGAUCCCCUCGAUCUUCACAGUGUGUGUCUCCUUCCUCCAGAAGAAACUCAGUCUCAGUAACUGUCUGGCUAUAUUCCGACUGGGCCUGAUGCUGGACUGUCCUCGCCUCGCUGUCUCCGCUCGCAACUAUGCCUGCGAACGCUUCCAGCUCAUCUCCCGUGACGAUGAGUUCCUGACGCUGGGGCCCAGCGAGCUGGCAGCUAUCUUGACAGCGGACACACUGAAUGUAGAAACAGAGGAAGAGGUGUUUGAGGCCGUGGAGAAGUGGGUCGGUCAAGAUGUGGAGAACAGGCUGAAGGAACUACCCGGACUGAUGGACUGUGUCAGACUCAGACUGGUCCAGAAGGACUACUUUACUGAGAUGGUGGAGAAGCAUGAGUGGAUCUGCUCCAACCCUGAAAUGGAGAAGAGGCUUCAAAUGGUCAGAGACGCUCGUGCUGGAAAACUGCCUGACCUCCCGCCUCAGAAGAAAACAAAGAAGAAGACGGAAGAAAAUAAGACAGAGCAGAAGGGAGGAGAGGAGAAGGAGGGAGAGGAAGAGGAGGAGGAGGAGGAGGAGGAGGCUCUACUCCCGGGGAUCUUGAAUGAUCAACUGCGUUUUGGGAUGUUCCUGAGAGACCUGGUGUUCAUGGUGAGUGACACGGGGGCGGUGGCGUACGACCCCACAGGGAACGACUGUUACGUCGCCUCGCUCUCCACUCAGAUCCCCAAGAACCAUGCCUCCCUUGUCACCAAAGAGAACCAGAUCUUUGUUGCUGGGGGGCUGUUCUACAAUGAGCUGAACAAGGAGGAUCCUCUCAGCUCCUACUUCCUACAGUACGACCCAGUGAGUGCUGAUUGGCUGGGCAUGCCCCCCAUCCCCUCGCCCCGUUUCCUGUUUGGCCUGGCUGAGGCGGAGAACAGCAUCUUCAUGGUGGGAGGGAAGGAGCUGAAGGAGCAGGAGUCCAAUACACUGGACUCAGUGCUGGUCUAUGACAGACAGUCUUUUAAAUGGGGCGAGUCUGACCCCAUACCGUACCCCGUCUACGGCCACGCUACUGUGUCUCACAACGGUCUUAUCUAUGUGAUCGGAGGAAAAUCAGAUAGCAAGAAGGUGACGAAGAGGAUGUGUGUGUACUAUGCACAGCGGUUUGAGUGGAAGGAGCUGGCUCCGAUGACGCUGGCCCGCUCUCUGUUUGGAGCCACCAUCCAUAAAGACAAGAUCUACGUAGCAGCAGGCGUCACAGACACCGGCCUGACAGACACCAUGGAGGUCUACGACAUCAACACCAACAAGUGGUCAGACUUCGUGGAGUUCCCUCAGGGUCGUAGCUCCCUCAGUCUGGCAUCGGUGGCCGGGGGUCUCUACGCUGUUGGAGGCUUCGCCAUGAUGCCCAGCGAGGACAAGGAGGAACUCCUCCCCAAGGAGAUGAAUGACAUCUGGAGGUAUGACGAGGGGGAAAGGAAGUGGGUGGGUGUUCUGAGGGAGAUCCAAUACGCCUCUGGGGCCACCAUCUUGGGGGCACGACUCAACACGCUUCGACUCACCAAGAUGUAACACUCCUCAACACUAUGAGACUCACCAAGAUGUAACACUCCUCAACACUAUGAGACUCACCAAGAUGUAACACUCCUCAACACUAUGAGACUCACCAAGAUGUAACACUCCUCAACACUAUGAGACUCACCAAGAUGUAACACUCCUCAACACUAUGAGACUCACCAAGUUGUAAAGAUGUUAUAUUUUUCACAGUGCCACCUGUUCCAACCCAUGACAUCUGUUAUUUGAUCAAUUCUGUUGUGUUUGACCUGGAGGGAGUUUGUGAGAGGUCACAUUGAAAAGCAUCUUUGGGGCCUCCCGAGUGGCGCAGGAAGCAGUCUAAGGCACUGCAUUUCAGUGCUUGAGGCAUCACUACAGACCCGGGUUCGAUCCCAAGCUGUGUCACAACUGUCCGUGACUGGGAAUCCCAUAGGGCGGCGCACAAUUGGCCCAACAUCGUCCGGAUUAGGGUAGGGUUUGUUGGCAAUAAAAUGCAAAUUAAUUACUUAAAAAUCAUACAAUGUGAUUUUCUGGACUUUUGUUUUAGAUUCCGUCUCUCACAGUUGAAGUGUACCUAUUAUGAAAAUUACAGACCACCUCUACAUGCUUUGUAAGUAGGAAAACCUGCAAAAUCGGCAGUGUAUCAAAUACUUGUUCUCUCCACUGUAUAUUUCUAAUAAAAAAAUUAUAUAUAUAUAUAUAUAUAUAUAUAAUAUAUAUAUAUAUAUACAUAAAAUAGCAUAUCUGUUUUAGCACAGCUUGAAAGA